GAGCCGCAUUUGGCCGCGAACGCGCUACAAGAUGCCCGCCUUCUGCCCGAGGUGUGGCGACUUGCUAAAGAGUGUGACCGUGUGUGGGAAAUGCCAUCUCACUGCCGUCACGACCCAAUCUGCUUCGUUUCAGACGGAGUCCGGCACUGCAGUCGAACUAUCGCCAGUGCAUCCGCCGGUGGAAAUCGCGACUUCUUCGUCUGGCGUCGUCGCCAGGGCGGGGUCGGUUCGGAAGCUCAAGAAAUGCGGCGUGUGCUCGAAUCCGAUUGUCGGAGCAUCAACUUGCACGCGCCGAUACGGUGGCAACGACGUUGCUUGCCACGACAGUUGCCUCACUUGCAAGCAAUGUCGAAAGCCGAUUGACGGGACGACGCGAUGGACCGUCGUGUACAACUCGGCCUACCACGAAGCCUGUGCGGUGGGGUUGCGCGUGUGCCAUGGCUGCCACGAGCCGAUCGUGGGAAAAUGCGUCGACCAAGACGCGUAUUCGUUCCACAGAGUGUGCUUGGACAAGCAUCGCAAGUUGUCACCGCCUCCUUGUGGAGAACGACAUGCGCCUGGGCUACCAGUUCCUUUGGGAAUCGGCAGCGAUCACGCAGGGCACACAAACGACGUCGAACGGGCCACGGUUGCUCUCAGUACCGUCGAUGCGACGGCGCGACUGUCCACUGCCCAAGAACGAGGAAUCAACGAUGCUGUUGCGACGGACGAGGACCAUCCUUCAGAAAACCAACCGCAUGGAGGCCCAUCGGCGUCCCCAACCCACACGGCGACGGACCACGACCCAUCGAUCCCAUCGGACAUGCCAAAGCCUGAUGAUGUUGUCGAGAAUCAAGCACUGGUCCCUGUCGCGAGCGCAGACAAGGGCAGCGCACAAACAUGGACACAAGUGAACGCUACCGAAAGGCCCGGGCGAGUGUGGCCUCUCCCAUCGAUAGACCAACGCGGAUCCGACGUCAACCCGACGACCAGUGUCGACGAGCCAACGUACAACAGUGCGACUACCUGCACCGACAUCAAACGCGUCGUCGAGUGCCUCUCCUGCGGACACCGUAUCCAGGACAAAGCGAUCGAAGUCCCAUCAGGCUCUUUGUACCACGAAAAGUGCUUUGUGUGCACCACGUGCGAGCAACGCAUCGACGACGACGUGGUUGGUUUUAUCCAAGACGGCUGCAAGAUCUUUCAUCCGCAAUGCUAUUAUGAACAUUCGGGACGACUGUGCCGCGGAUGCCGGCAGGUUGUGGACGUUGGCGCGGUGAAACAACGCGACAAGGGACAGCUCUUCCAUCCGACGUGUUUCCGCUGCGCGGAUUGCUCUGCCCCUCUGACCAACGAGUUUCUGGACUUGGACGGGGACGACGUGUGCCGCGAAUGUUACUUUCACCAUGUUGUCGCCAAAUCCACGACAGAGUACAUGGCGACAGCGACGGCGGCCACUUUUGCUUCCGAUCCGUGCCAGCUUGCCGUAGCCGUCGGUGACAAGUUAACCGUGUUGUCUGAAGACUGGGAUGGGUGGACGAUUGCAAAGAAUGCCAGCCAUUCCAUGGGGUACAUUCCAAGCGCGUCCGUUCGCCGGUCGCUCGACUAAAUCGAUCAAACGAAAAUUUGUAUGUCCAUUGACAUGGAGAUGCAUGGGAACCGAAUCGUUCCCUCGUGUCCUGAGCCUGCACCCCAUCCAAACGUUCUGGUCUUGCGGGAGGGCUCUCCCCGGCCACCACGCCAAAC